GUGGGCAAAACUCGCCAAAGUGUCGCUGUAAACAUGCCCGUGCACACACGCACACAUGCACGCGCGCGCAGCAACAACACAAACACACAAUCGCCCCGUAUUUGCCACCCCUUCGUGUACGGCUGCGUGUAGAAAAAGAAAGAAAAAGAAGAAGAAGAAGGAAAAAACUAGGUAGUCAUAUGAUGCGUUUUUGCCCCGCCACACGGUCACGGAUUUGCAGGCAGCACAGCAAAGAGCAGAAACGUCACACAGAGCGGCCAGCAGCAACAACGAGCGCAAGUGCUUUUCCACUCCAUUUCCUGCUGCCAAGUAGUGGGUGAAGUCGUUCGUCCGUCGUCCGUCGUCGUCGUGGUCCUGGUCCGUUUUGCUAUCGGGGAGUAGAGACAAAAAACUCCCAGCAAAGUUGUGUGAGCGCGCGCGUGUGUGUGUGUGUCAGUGAGGGAAAGAAAAAGGGCAGCGCGCAACCUUCCCGCAAUCAAAAGCAGAGGAGCCAGAACUUCGAUCAAUUCGUUCACAUAGGCGUAAAGUUUAAACCACCAUCAUGCCCGGAUACAUGUUCAACAUCGACGGUGGCUACCUGGAGGGUCUGUGCCGCGGGUUCAAGUGCGGCAUCCUCAAGCAGGCCGACUACCUCAACCUGGUCCAGUGCGAAACGCUCGAGGAUCUGAAGCUGCACCUGCAGGGUACGGACUAUGGGCAGUUCCUCGCGAACGAACCGUCCCCGCUGGCCGUGUCCGUGAUCGACGACAAGCUGCGCGAGAAGCUGGUGAUCGAGUUCCAGCACAUGCGCAACCAUGCGGUCGAGCCGCUGUCCACCUUCCUGGACUACAUCACGUACAGCUACAUGAUCGACAACAUCAUCCUGCUGAUCACGGGCACGCUGCACCAGCGCCCGAUCUCGGAGCUCAUCCCGAAGUGCCACCCGCUCGGCAGCUUCGAGCAGAUGGAGGCGAUCCACGUCGCGGCCACACCGGCCGAGCUGUACAAUGCGGUGCUGGUCGAUACGCCGCUCGCCCCGUUCUUCGUCGACUGCAUCUCCGAGCAGGAUCUGGACGAGAUGAACAUCGAGAUCAUCCGUAACACGCUGUACAAGGCGUACCUGGAGGCGUUCUACGACUUCUGCAAGAACAUUGGCGGCACCACGGCGGACGUGAUGUGCGAGAUUCUGGCGUUCGAGGCGGACCGGCGCGCCAUCAUCAUCACGAUCAACUCGUUCGGCACGGAGCUGUCGAAGGACGACCGGGCCAAGCUGUACCCGCGCUGCGGCCGGAUGAACCCGGACGGGCUGGCGGCGCUCGCGCGCGCCGACGACUACGAGCAGGUGAAGGCGGUCGCCGAGUACUACGCGGAGUACGCGGCCCUGUUCGACGGGUCCGGCAACAACCCGGGCGACAAGACGCUCGAGGACAAGUUCUACGAGCACGAGGUGAAGCUGAACAUGUACGGCUUCAUGCAGCAGUUCCACUUCGGCGUGUUCUACUCCUACCUGAAGCUGAAGGAGCAGGAGUGCCGCAACAUCGUCUGGAUUGCGGAGUGCGUCGCCCAGAAGCACCGGGCCAAGAUCGAUAACUACAUUCCCAUCUUCUAAGCUGGAUGCACCAACUACCAACACCACCACCCACACACACACAUACACGCAAACACGCAAACACUUAAGAAAGGAAGAUCCGCAGCAGCAGCAGCAGCAAUCCGGCACGAGAAAGCACAAACCUUGCCCCCUUUCCAUCCUAUCCCCCUUGCAUCACCGGGAAGGGGGAGGGACGAGGAUGAGCAGCCAAGCUCUCCUUCCUCGAUCAACCUGCGUGUACACUGGAAGGUUUUGCGUUACUACGUCCGUUGGUGUCUGCACGUGCUCGCUCCCCAAAGCAUGCGGCAAGCACAACGUGGCGUCGAUCUAUUUACGAAGCGUUUUAUUUUGUAUCCGUUUUUCGCCCCUUUCCCCCCCCCCCCCCCCUUCUAUCGGUGCCUAACUCUCCCGCCCACCGCAAGUGUACAGAAUUGUUUUUGCUAAAGUUUGUUUUUUUUUUCCCGCCCUUCUUUUUCCGUGUGGGUGUUUGGUCCACACACUGCACACACCUGGCAGCGGGUGACGAAACAACAAAAAAAAAACCGGCCGUGUGUUUUGUAUGUGUGUGCUUUGUUUUCCUGUUAUAUUUGUGGCAAUAUUUAAUUUGUGUAAGAAUGUUUUGUUGUGUUUUAGCUAAAUCGUGAGCUACCUGCCCCACUCCUAACCUUCCACCCUUAAGCCCCAUUUUCGCUGUGUGUUCUAUGUGUAGGAAAAUAUUCAGUGUACAGAGUAAAUUCAAACAAACAGUGUAA